CGCAGGCGCUGCGGUGAUCAGCUGUGAUCUAUUUUGUUAAAUGCGUACAAUUUCCUAAUUCCUCCGUAAUAUACCUCUCUGUGCCAGAAUAUUUAAGUAAAAGUGAUAAAUUAAAGAUAAGCAAUGUGUUAAAUAAUCACCAUACGAAAAUUACGCAGAGGAUAGACGAAAACAAUGGAUCUGACGUCAGACCAAGACAAUGUUAUGGAGCGACAAGGAAGCUGCCUGUUGCUUCGAUGUGACAGCCAAAAUUCUCUUGAUGAAAGUUCCCAAAAGCAACUACCCAGAUCUGGUGGCAAAGAUAAACCACCCUAUCGUAAUUACCACCAUACUCAGAGGGCAUUUGAUGCGAUGAAUCUGUUAAGAAAACAAAGACUGCUCUGCGAUGUGAUACUAGUUGCAGAUACUGUUGAGAUUCCUGCUCAUAAAAUGGUCUUGGCGGCCUGCUCACCCUAUUUUUAUGCUAUGUUUACAAGUUUUGAGGAAAGUAAACAGGACAGGAUUGUUUUGCAGGAGGUGGAUCAUCAAGCACUGCAAAUUUUAGUCGAAUAUGUUUACACAUCCGAAGUACAAGUUACUGAGGAUAAUGUUCAAGUAUUAUUACCUGCGGCGAAUUUGCUGCAGUUAACUGAUGUCAGGGAUGCUUGCUGUGAGUUCCUGCAGAUGCAGUUGCACCCAACUAACUGUCUUGGAAUAAGAGCAUUUGCAGAUUUGCAUGGGUGUUUAGAGUUAUUAGCUCAUGCAGAGGCCUAUAUUGAACAACAUUUCAUCGAAGUUGUUGAAUGUGAAGAAUUUUUAUCUCUAUCCCCUCAACAAGUUUCAAGACUCAUUUGCAGUGAUCGACUUACUGUACCUUCUGAAGAACAGGUAUUCGAAUGUGUCAUCGCAUGGGUGCAGAACGACCUCGAGACCCGCCACAAGCACUUAGCCUCCCUGAUGGAACACGUACGUCUUCCUCUCACUUCCAAAGAAUAUCUAGUUCAACGCGUCGAAAAAGAACCCCUCCUGAAAGCCGACUUGCAAUGCAAGGACUACAUAAUCGAAGCCCUGAAAUACCACCUCCUGCAGGGCGACAACAAAACGACCUUCCACACCCCCAGGACGAAACCGCGUCAACCCGUCGGCCUGCCGAAAGUUCUGCUGGUGGUCGGCGGUCAAGCCCCCAAAGCCAUCCGCAGCGUGGAAUGCUACGAUUUCAAAGAAGAGAAAUGGUACCAAGUGGCCGAGAUGCCGACGCGGCGGUGCAGGGCCGGCCUGGCCGUCCUCCACGGCAAAGUUUACGCCGUCGGCGGCUUCAACGGCUCGUUGCGCGUCAAAACGGUGGACGUUUACGAUGCGGCCUUGGACCAGUGGAGCACUUGCGAUCACAUGGAGGCGAGGAGGUCGACGCUGGGCGUUGCGGUCUUGGGGAAUUGUAUUUAUGCGGUGGGGGGUUUCGACGGUUCGACAGGCUUGAACACGGCCGAAAUGUUCGAUCCCGCGACGCAGAAGUGGAGGCCGAUAGCGCCGAUGUCGACGAGGAGGAGCAGCGUGGGAGUUGGGGUGCUUUACGGGCUUUUGUAUGCGGUCGGUGGUUACGACGGUGCUUCCCGCCAGUGCCUCAGCUCUGUCGAAUGCUACUCCCCUGAUGUUGAUUGCUGGACACCUGUACCCGACAUGGGUUGCCGCCGCAGCGGCGCUGGGGUGGGCGUCCUCGACGGCAUUCUGUACGCAGUGGGAGGCCACGACGGCCCCCAAGUACGGAAAUCCGUCGAGGCUUAUGAUCCAGCCAAGAGAAUGUGGACGCCGGUCAGCGAUAUGACCUUCUGCAGACGCAACGCAGGAGUUGUCGCCCUUAAUGGACUCCUGUAUGUGGUGGGAGGGGAUGAUGGAUGCAGCAAUCUGUCGUCGGUGGAGGUGUACAAUCCGAAGACCGACACGUGGACCAUGUUGCCCAGUUGCAUGGGUAUUGGACGAAGCUAUGCAGGGGUUGCGAUUAUAGAUAAGCCGAUUUGAAGGUCGCCUCAUGCUGGCAACAGGGUCAGUGGCGUCACAGCGACAUCUACGAGAUACGCCAACUGCGACGAAAACAGCAACGCGGAAGGCGCCGUCGGCUACGACCACCAGCCGAACUUUUACGAAACCAUCGACCCAAACGCC